AUGGAACCAGUCAAGGUCUCUCCCCGCCCUGCUGAGUCAUCCGCCAAGCCGAAGGCUCCCGAACAAACGUCGAACUUCCAACAUCGGCUUCAAUCAGCACUUGCUCUCCUCGCAGAAACCCACCUACCUCCAACCCCCCUCAUCUAUCACCCCGCCGCGAUGAUGUCCCAGACUCUCAGAGCGUCGCGCUCUCUCUUCUCCCGCGUCUCUCGGCAACAGGUUUCUGUUUCUCGCCGCACUUUCCUGACCUCGGCUGUCCGUCAGGCCGACCCUGUCCAGGAGCUCUACCUCCGCGAACUCCGUGCCUACAAGCCCACUCCCGUCAAGGCCGGUGACGCCGACGCUCACGUCCAGAAGUUCGCUCCUCCCGCCGCUCCCCAGUCCCCCGAGGAGGCCAACCUCGCCAAUGAGCUGAAGUCCUACGAGAGCCAGGAGGUCGAGGUUGAGGGCCAGGCCGCCGCUGGUGAGGCCAAUCCCGUUGAGGAGAGCUGGUUCGAGGAGGAACCGGAGGAGGAGGCCCACGCUGCUCACUAGGUAUCUGUUGUUUCAUCGACAACGAUCAGGGAGAGUCGGGGCUUAUAGACAAUGGGAUGGACUUAAUGUGAUAUCCUCCGCUGUUCAAGUCCUGGAGUAACUUCUGUAAAUUAAACCUACUUUGAGCACAUGAACUUUCUUUUUUUCCUCUUGCC